CGCGGACGCACUGCAUGCCGGGAAGUGUAGUUUUAUCAGGAUUUCUGCCGCAGUUUGGUUGGAGGCCGUACGGUAGACAGCUUGUCCGUUUCUCAGCGCUUAUUCCCAGCUAUUGGCUCUCUAUGGAGUGACAGGUACGAAGUAGUCUUCACUGCAGCAUCACCAGCAAUGGAUGCUCCUUGGCGGCAAGGUGGCAGGGGACGAGCGAGAGGUCGGGGUGUGUCUUUAAAUGGUGGUCCAGCCCGUGCUCCAGGGCCUGCAUCAGUACCCGUCAGAAAUACCGCCCUUUCAAGCGGCCCGUGGUCUGGCGCUGGUAGAGGAAACCUUUCCUAUGCAUCUGUCAGUAAGCCUGGUCAUUCAGGGGACAUGAAAAGUCAAGUUAGUGCAGAGAACUCUAAAAAGAAGUUUGAAGAUAUUCAGAAAGCCAACCAGGCAAUGGUAAAGAAACUUGCAGAUAAUUACAGCUCAUCAGAUGAUGAUCAGGACGCUGAUGAAGACAGGGAAGGAAAACAGGAAAGAAUAUUAGAUUUAACAUUUACCACUUACACAGACCAAACAGAUGGUGAUACCAGUGAAUUAGCUCGCACUAAACAAUAUGUGAAUGAGGCCUUUCAGUCUGGGGCCGUGACUUGCUUGAUAUGCAUUGCAUCAGUGAAGAGGAAUCAAGCUGUCUGGAGCUGCUCUGGCUGUUACUGCAUAUUUCACAUGCCUUGCAUCCAGAAGUGGGCCAAGGACAGCAUAUUCCUUGUGUCCUCUCCAUUGACUGAUGACAACUUUGAAAAGAAAGAUUAUCCUUGGCCCUGCCCAAAGUGUCGCUAUGAAUAUAAGAGAUCACAGACUCCUGCUAGGUAUUACUGUUAUUGUGCAAAGGUAGAAGACCCUCCUUUGGACCCGUGGCUUGUCCCACAUUCCUGUGGACAAGUUUGUGAAAAAGAAUUUAAGCCCUCGUGUGGUCACAAAUGCCUGCUCUUGUGCCAUCCAGGUCCAUGUCCCCCUUGCCCAAAGAUGGUGACCACCACUUGCUAUUGUAAGAAGGCAAAGCCUCUUCCUAGGCGUUGCAGCACCAAAGAAUGGUCAUGUCAGAAGUCAUGUGGGAGAAUGCUGCUAUGUGGACAACACAAGUGUGAAAAUCCCUGUCAUAAAGGAGAUUGUCAGCCGUGCCCAAGAGUCAGCAAACAAAAAUGCCUAUGUGGAAAAAAGGUUGCCGAGCGGUUGUGUGCAAGUCCGACAUGGCAGUGUGACAUUGUCUGUGGAAAAACAUUACCUUGUGGGAACCACACCUGUGAACAGGUUUGCCACGCUGGAUCAUGUGGACAAUGCCCUCGUUCAGGGAAUCGAUUGUGUCCAUGUGGAAAAUCAAAGUACACCUUGCCCUGUACAGAGGACGUCCCUACUUGUGGUGACGGCUGCGACAAGGUUCUGGAGUGUGAGAUGCACAAGUGUUCUCAGCGCUGCCACCGGGGCCCGUGUGAAACCUGCAGACAGGAAGUUGAGAAGCAGUGUCGCUGCGGCAAGCAUACAAAACUAAUGCCUUGUCAUAAGCAAUAUUUAUGCGAGACCAAGUGCCCGAAAAACAAGGACUGCCAGAGGCAUCAGUGCAAGAGAAAGUGUUGUACAGGGAACUGCCCAGGCUGUGAUCAGCAAUGUGGACGUACCCUGGGAUGUCGGAAUCACAAGUGCCCCUCCGUCUGCCACAGAGGAAGCUGCUAUCCAUGUCCUGAGCCAAUUGAUGUGAAGUGCAGUUGUGGGAAGACUGUACUUACUGUUCCUUGCGGCAGAGAACGUAGCACCAAGCCUCCCCGGUGUAAGGAGCUAUGCAGUCACCCAUCGACAUGUCACCAUGAAGCCAGGGAGCGACACAGAUGCCACUUUGGUCCUUGUCCACCCUGUCGACAGACUUGUCAGAAAACUUUACAGAAGUGUGGCCACCUGUGUCCUGUGUCUUGCCAUGAUGAGGCUCUUGUUAAACAGAAAGGAUUGCCUCAGCCUGCCGGUCCAUGGGAGCAGCCUUCUGAACCUGCCUAUAUCCAGACAGCAUUGCCUUGUCCUCCCUGCCAGGUCCCCAUGCCUAUGGAGUGCCUCGGAAAACAUGAAGUCAGUCUCUUGCCAUGUCAUGCUGCUCGCCCUUUCUCCUGCAAAAGGCCAUGUGGACGUCGGCUUCCUUGUGGGAAUCACACUUGUUCAAGAGAAUGUCAUAAAGUCACUGAAGUUAAUGGUAACAAAGAAAAGUGUGGUCCAGAGUGCUUCAUGUGUGACGUAGAAUGCUCAAAACCUCGACCGCCAGGGUGCCCCCAUGGCUGCAAUCUACCAUGUCAUCCUGGAGACUGUCCACUAUGCCUUCAGAUGAUCAGGACUAAGUGCCACUGCAGAAUUAGUAGUCUUUACAUCGAGUGCAGAAAACUGACUUUGGCUGGCGAAGAAGAAAAGAAUAUGUUGACUUCAUGCAAAAAUCAGUGUCCAAAAGAGCUGCCCUGUGGACAUCGGUGUAAAGAGAUGUGUCACCAAGGAAAUUGUUCACGUCACUGCACCCAGAAAGUUAAACUGCGAUGUCCAUGUCGUAGAAUUAAAAAGGAGUUACAAUGUAACAUGGCACGUGACGGUCAAGUUUCUGUACAGUGCGACUCUCUGUGCCUGGAAACGAGGAAGAAAGCUGUAGAGAUAAAAGAAGAAGAAGAAAAGGCAGCAAACGAAGAAGAGAAACGUAGACAACAGGCGGAAUUAGAAGCUUUUGAGAAUCGCCUGAAAGGAAAGAAGAAGAAGAACAGGAAGAAAGAGGAAGUGGAAAUCCAGCCGUCUGUAUGGCAGAAAUACAGGAAUUAUAUACUAUUGCCUGUGUGUGGCGUCGCUCUGGCGGUGUUCACACUGUACCUCACUCAAAUCAAUUUAUGAUCGCUUGACAUCUCUAAUUACUCUUAUAUGCUGCCUACAGGAAUACUUGCACAAUGGAAAAUAAACUGUUUGAGAAUCAGUUUUAAGAAAUAUUCCAUCUCUAUACCUUACGCUGCCAGUCAAUCCCUAUUAUCAGUCCUAUACUGUACAGUUUUUAAGUUUUAAUUUUUCCAUUAUUGAUCUCAAAGAAAGUGCAUUUAUACUGUAUAUGGAUUAACAUGGAUCAACCAGUGCUCGAAUUGCAGCGUCCAUCAUCUUUGGACUGGUAGAUCACAAUUUGCUUCAGUUCUACUGCUUCUUUAUGUAUUUCUAUAAAAGGUACUAGUUAUACUAUAGUAUCGUAGUAUAUAUUUAGAGAAUAUAUUUCCUAUUGUUUAGCAUUUCAUUGCAUAUUCAGGAAUAAUGCUGCUCAAAGCCAAACAAAUCCAGAGGUGACUGGAGUUAGCCCCAAUAUCACAUUGCCUCUAUGUUACACUCGGGUAGAGGUGAGGAGCUGUUUGGUGAGAUCUGGAUGCCUGUCCUAUGUCUGCUAUAACCAGGACAAAAACGAAAUUAGGAAAAUGGGGCCUGCUUUUGCAUCAGAAUCGUGGCCUGUGUCUGAGAUUGCACUCUGGCUCUAUUCUUUUGACCUGCAGUGGCAGACACAGCGCAUGGACUGGAGAGGAGCGAUGGUAAAAGUAAAAAAAAAAAAAAAACCUUUUCUAAUCUUUUACUGCCCCUUCAAAUAGCCAAAUCUUCAUAGGAGGACUGUGUGUGAUUCCCAAAAAACAACAAGAUUCCUCUUAUGAAGACAGGUGCAAGUUUACCCAGUACCUGAGUAUUAA